GAGGCGGAAUGACGUUUGGGCCUGUACAAAGUAUAUGAGCUAUGUGUGGCUGAAAGGUUGCUAGUUUGUCGGAACCAACUGUUGCGCUUCUUGUUACCCCAUUGAGUAUCUAUUCUGCCAUACAACUCCACUACUUGAGCGGAUCCAUCCUUCCGUUGGCUUAUAUAUAACCCCCCCCCCCCCUCAGCCAACAUUCAACAUCUCCCCUCUUCUCUUAUCCCACACUCAACUAACCAAUGUCUAAUCAUCCUUUCUUCAAACAACCAGGUUGGAAGACGGGCGUCUUCAGUGGCACCAACUAUCACUAUCUCUCCAUUAAAUCUCACGCCGGCAAGGCCACUUUCCUCCUCCUUCAUGGGUUCCCUACAGGCGCAUUCACCUUCAAGGGUUUCGUUCCCGAGCUCACCUCCAAGGGAUACGGCAUCAUCCUCCCUGAACUCAAAGGAUACGGGAAAACGGACAAACCCACCGACGUGGCCGCUCUAGCUUAUAAGACUCAAUCGGAUGAGAUCGUUCAGAUUUUGGACAAAGAAGGGGUCAACAAGGUGAUCCUUGUAGGUCAUGAUUUUGGUGGCGCACUGGCUCCUAGAUUCGCUCAAUACUACCCCGAUCGUGCCACCGGACUCGUCCUUGCCUCGCUUCCAUACGCCCCGCCUGCUCCAACCGGUCUAAACCCGGAUUUGCUCCUCCAAAAAUUCAAACCCAUCUUGGGGUACGAGAACGUGGGUCACAUCAAGUACUUUGCACAUCCAGAUUCUGCAAAAGAGUUGAACGAGAAUUUGGAAACGUUCGUUUCGUUACUUUAUGGAGAUCCAGCUCAAUGGAAGACGCACUUAACGCCCGUCAAUGCUUUAUCGACCCACAUCAAAGAGGAACAUCGUAAGCAUGAAAGUUGGCUGUCUAAGGAGGAUAAAGAGACGAUCGUGCAGUUCUUGGCAGAGAAUGGACUUGAAGGUCCUACCCUUUGGUUUAAGGCAGCUACGUCCGAAGUGAACGUCGCAGCCGAAAAAACCAUCACCUCCCCACGUCUAACUCUCCCAUUCUUAUCCAUCUCACCCGUCCACGAAGCGACGUACCCACCACCCAUCCUCAAAGCUCAAGCGGCCCUCGCGGAAAACUUUACGAUCAUUCAUCCCGAUACGGGUCAUUGGCCUUUCGAACAACAGCCCAAGGAAAUUGCAGUGCAAGUUUUGAAAUGGGUCGAGGAGAAGGGGAUCAGUUCUUCCAGUUCCGUCUCGACGGAAUCGAAGGGUAUGUAUGGCUGUUGACUUUGAUUUGAUGAUGAUGUUGUUUCCUUCUCUUUCCUAACGAUUCGCUUUUU